AUGCCCGCAUAUCAAUUCACGCCAACCCAGGAUUGGUUCUCGCACAAUAUCGACCACUGGAAAGCCCUGUUUCCUCUCGUCCCAUCGGCCAAACCUCGCGUUCUAGAAAUAGGUUCUUGGGAAGGCCGUUCAGCUGUCUUCCUCCUCGAAAUUUUGUGCCGAGAUGGCGGCGAGAUCGUCUGCAUCGACAACUUUGACCUCUUUCAUACCGAAGCCGGCCAGGAGCGAUACCGCAAGAUGCAGCACAACCUUGAAUUGACAGGGAAAAAAUCACGUAUCAUGCCCCAGUUCAGCACUCCAGCAUUGAUGACGAUUUUGACGGAGGAGAUAUCCGCGGCAGUUCCAGGAUUCGACUGGAUUUAUGUGGACGGGUCGCAUGAAGCCGACGACACGUUGCGGGACGGGGAGCUCGUAUGGCGGCUCGCCAGGAAAGGGGCGAUCGUUAUCUUCGACGACUACCUUUGGGACAAGGAACCAGAGGACAGUAUGCACCAUCCGAAACGCGGCAUCGAUGCGUUUUUGCUUCUUCAUCAAGGAGAAUACGGGCGCUUCACCGAUCCUUUGCAUUACCAAGUCGUCUUCCGAAAGCUGACCGAUAUGCGUAUCGGUUUCCUCAUAGACAAUGCCGGAUCCAAGACUGACGAGGGGUUCGGGUACGGUAUCAAUAUCGCAUUGACCGUCGACUCUGCGUACGCUGUUGGAGCGGUGGUGACCAUUCGCAGUAUCGCGGAUUCCACAGCAGGUCGUAGGUCAUUUUACAUCGUUGACUGUGGAUUAUCCAAACACGACAAGGAAAAGCUCGCAGCGAGUGUAGGAGAUCUAUCUCAACGAUCUGACGAUGAUUUUUGUCGAGUUGCCGGAAGAGAGCUUGACGAAGUAGAUGGGGCCCUGUUGGGCGAAGCUGGACAUGAUACGCGCAUUGCCAAUCGAGCGAGCGGCAAGGCCGUCGGUGCAGCGUUUGACGUUGGCCAUCCUAUGGGACACGAGGGAGUGGCGAAGCGGCCGUACUUCAAUGCAGGGGUCAUGCUCCUGGAUUUGUCGCGUAUUCGACAGGGCAUCGAAAAGUUGCUGGAACUUGGCGAACGUAUGAAGAGUUCGAAGUUCCGCGAUCAAGACGUCCUCAAUCUCCACUUUGCAGACGACUGGAUGCCCUUUGGCCUGGAAUGGAAUGCACAAGGACUUGGGACAUAUGCUCGAUACCCUUCAGACGACAGAAAAUGUCUUCAAGGCCAGUUGGAAAGGAUGAAGGACCCAGCAAUUGUCCACUUCACAGGCCCAGUCCAUCCGUCUCUUGUCGAGGUCCUAAAUCCAUGGGUGGAACCACCAACUGCAAAGCCAUGGGGUUACGUCGGGGCGCCAGGUCACCCGUUUGAGAACGAGUGGCAAUUGGUGUUAGGAAAAACGGAGUGGCGGCUGAAGUCGUAA